UGGAAGUAAAGCGGCAUUUGUCUAUUUGCUACCCGUUGAAUUAUAUGCUUGAAAUGCUUCACACUCCUGUGCAAAUGUACAAGUGAUGCCCCUUCAGUCAUUGUGCGUUCAUAAAUAGGUCUUGUCACAAUGCUCAAAGAGAACGAUGGAUCCUAAAGCGAUUUUCAUAAUUUUCAUGCUCUUUGCGUUUCCAAUCAGCGCACGUUAUCUGACAGUUAAGAAGAGAGACCUGAUAGGUGACUCGCCUCCAAAUAUAAAAGAGGGAGAUGUGGAGUGCUUUUCUGAGUACAUGGAACUCUGGAUCCACAGAAUGAGGAUAGAAGGGCUGAGGCUCUGGCUUUCCGGAACCCUGAGAAUUCCAGUCAGUCUGGUGUCCCUGGAUCACCUGAACCUGCAGCUGUCUAUCUGUGGAUACUCACUGCACAGAGAUCCAGAGAGAAACUACGUCUUCAGAGUCAUGUACAGCGGCUGUUUUGUCCAGCUGGAGCAUGGCAACUAUGUAAUAGUGCUGAAUUUGUCGAAGCGAAUCAAUAGGUUUGGAGGCCGAACCAGCAGCUUUGUCAUGAAAUGUCCAGAGGUUAUUCCGCCUACUAGUGGUGAACACAUUUACUGCGACCCCAACUUCAUACAGGUAACCAGGCAAAUUCCACUAGAUAGCUGGAACAACAAGCUCCAGUGGUCUCUGGCCCUGAGAGGGAAGCUGGUGGUGGCCCUGGAGGAUGCCAGCCUGGUCAAUCUGAGUGCUGAAAUCAACGGCUCUGACAUCACUGUGCAAGGAAGGAGAGACGUUAUGACCUUAGAGACGGUGAUGGGAAAAUCUGAGGAAUUCCUGCCCCUCAAGCUGGUCAGCGGUAACUACGCAUACAGCAUGGAAGCCAGCUGCCCCAGAGUGUCCAGCUCCCCGUCAGGAGAGACAGUGCUGCUCAUCUUCAAGCGGCGCGCGGGCCUGACGAAGCGCGGCGCUGAGAGAGAGGCACUGUCCCUCAGCCACGUGUCCGUCAGCCGGGCCGGCUCCUUCUCCGCGUCCGAGAGCGCGGACUUCGUCCGGCUCGCCGUCCCCACCGCCCACAUCCUGCAGACCAAGAACUGCACGGGUCCAGCAGGAGGCGCCCUGCUGCAGCCUUUCUUUAGCCUGUCCGUGGUGCUCACCUUUAAUGAGACGCCUCACAAGGUGAACUGGAGCAUCGAUAACGUCUUUCCCUGCGGAGCAUCAGCAGGCCCGUAUCAAGUGGUGACACAGACACAGGAAGAGCCCUCCUCAGUGCUGCAGUCUCCUCAGGCCUGGUCCAGCCCCCCAGCUGUCCCCAGCACUGUACACCCUGCCCUUCACCUGACACCUACGAGCCAAACACUGCCUACGGAGACUGUCACCAUGGAGACGCCCUCUUCUUCAGUGCUGCUUUCACCUGGACAGGCUUUUGGAGUCACAGCCAUACCCACCCUGGCCACAGAGGUGCUGCCAGGUGUUGCUCCCAAAAUUACUCAGGGGAAUGUGCACCCUGUAACCUCAGUGAGUCCCACGAUCCUUAGCUCAGCACCCCCAGCCAUCACCCAGGCCACAGUGCCACAUGUGACUCCUGCAGGACCUGACCUUCGACCUCCCUCACGGCUGGAGUCAGGACGUCCCGUAACUGAGCCUCAUUCAGCGUCUCUUUGGAUUGAGGAAGGGGCGCAGCCUACCGCAAACCGUCCUGGCGCAGCAGGGGCCUUGAGCCCUGGGCGAGAGGGGACUUCAGAUCCCCCGCAAUCCUCUGCUGGUCUCCACGGAGACAGCCUAUCUGCCGGGCCCACAGAGAGCACGUCAUGGAUGAGCGGCGGUGCGUUCUCUGUGCACUCUGUGUUCUCUCACAUGGAAAAAAUGGAAAAUGGCACCGCUGAAGAACAGAACUCCACGUCUCUCAGCAACUCUGAGUCCACUGGGGAUUACCCCUUAGAGGAACACAACCACACAGGAGAGCACAGCCACACAGGGGAGCACAACCAUACAGGGGAGUACAACCACACAGGGGAGCACAACCACACAGAAGAGCACAACUACACAGGGGAGCACAACCACACAGGGGAGCACAGCCACACAGGGGAGCACAGCCACAUAGAGGAGCACAGUCACACAGGGGAGCACAACCAUACAGGGGAGUACAACCACACAGAGGAGCACAGAGCGCGGGCGGCUGUGGCCGCCGUGGCGGGAGGCGACGGUGACAGCGAGCAGACGCCCGCCAUCGCGUCUCCGCUCCCCGCGGCCUCGGGGCAGAGAUUACCCUGGGACGGCCGGGCCAUCCGUUCCCUAAAUACCUGGCAGUCCGCUGCAGCGCAGUUUCUCUCCUCUCCUCUCCGCGGGGCGCGGGUGUGGGCGCUGCACCCGCUGUGGGCGCAGGGCUGGGUAUUACCCAGCGCGCUCCCCCAGGGCCCUCGCCACCUCUCACCCGGCAACGGCUGCUCCCCGAUGAGUCGGGCCCGGCCCGUCGCCAUGCCUACGCGCUGGAGCCGCGGCGGUUAG